GGGCCACGGCAACAAAGUGCAAAUGAGGUAAGUGCAAUUUCUGACAUUCAAUCACAAUUGGCUAAUCUUACUUCUCUUGUGUCUCAGGUUGUCAACGGGUCAAAACCACAAGAAAACCAAGUGUGUGGCGUGUGUUCAAUGCAAGGGCAUCCAUUCGAGACAUGCCCUCAGUUGAUAGAGAAUGGAGGAUGGGAAUCUGCCAAUGCCAUUGGUUUCCAAGGCCAAAACCAACCCAAAUAUGAUCCGUACUCCAACACCUACAACCCCGGGCGGAGAGAUCACCCUAAUUUCAAGUGGAGAGAGCCCCAACAAUCUGCACAACAAAGGGGAUUUCAACCAAAUCCCCCUGGGUUUCCACGGCCAUACCAAUCCAACCAACCACCAUCGUCCCAAAACAAUUCAGGUGAAUCCGAAAGGUGGAUUCGAAUCUGCAAAAGCCAUAAGUUUGCGAAGUGGGAAGCAAGUUGGAUCUGACCAUGGACCAUCCAAACCACGUUCCAAUGAGGAGGAAGAGUUGAGAAUCGAAGAAGAGGAACAAAGCCUACCCACGGCAAAGGUGGAAACACCUUUGCCGCAGGCCUUGAAUGAUUCUAAGACCUCAAAUCGGUCCAUUAAAGGUAAAAACGUGUCAAGUUCAGUUCCCACUAAUGUUUUUCCUUCGAAUGUGCCUUUUCCUAGCAGGUUCAUGCAAACCAAGAAAGAGGAAGCAGAAAAGGACAUUCUCGAGACGUUUCGGAAAGUUCAA